AUGGGAUUAUUUAAAAGAUUAGGAUAAAUAAUUUAGGUAACUAUAGCUUUAUUAGUAGUAGGCUUAGUAUUGGCUACAUAUUUAUGGAUUCCUUCUUACUAAGGAAAGCUAUAUCAUAGUAGAAAUUAUGGAGAUAUCAACAUAUAUAGAGACGAAUUUGCAAUUCCUCAUAUUGUUUCAGAGAGUAUCUAAAGCUCAUUUUAUGGAUUAGGACAUGUUCAUUGCUAAGAUAGGUUGUGGAAUAUGGAUAUGUAUAGAAGAAUAGCUAGCGGUAAAAUGAGCGAACUCUUUGGUAAUAGCACAUUAGAUACAGAUAUUAUGAUGAGAGAAUUUGGAUUUAGAAGAGCAGCUGAAAAAAUGAGAGAUAAUUUGACUAAGGAUAUUUUAGAAACCAUUCAAGCUUAUGCAGAUGGUGUUAAUGAUUGUGUUGAUGCUAUGAAAAUUUUGCCUUUGGAAUAUUACAUCACUGGAAAUAAAUUUGAAAAGUGGGAUGUAGUAGAUAGUUUGUCCUUUGUCAAGUUGCUUAAUUUCUAACUUACUUCAGAUUGGAGUUAUGAACUAAUAAGAGAAAAGCUCAUCAAAAUAUUUGGAAAAAAAGUAGUCAAAUUAAUGAUGGUAAACAGAUAUCUCUUUGAUAAUACAACAAUUAUGACUGACGAAGAAUUAAAACUUAUGGGUCUUUAUUCUCCUUUUGAUCCCAAGAUAGACUUAGAGGAAGAUUAAGAUGCUGGAAGCUCAUUAUCAGUUGAAAAACUAGAAUUGAUUAUGAAGACUGGAAUUGUUUAAUUUUUGAGUGAAAAUAAAGGCUCAAAUGGAUGGGCUAUCCACGGAAAUCACACAACAACAGGAAAACCCAUUCUCGCUAAUGAUCCUCACUUGGAUAACCAAAUACCUGCAAUUUGGGCUCAAGCAGUUUUACAUUUUAAAACAAAAUAUGGUAAAGAAUAAACUGUUUCUGGAGGGUCAAUGCCUGGUAUUGGAGCUAUUCUUAGUGGUUAGACUAACUAUUUUGCAUGGGGUAUGACAACUCUGUAUACAGAUUCAAGUGAUUUGUAUCAAGAAAAGUUAAAUGAUGAAGGAGAUAAAUAUUUCCUAGAUGAUGAAUGGCGUAAAUUAAAGACUGUUAAGGAAUAAAUUAAUAUCAAAAGUGGUUAAGCCUAUAAUUUGACUGUAAAAUUAACUCACAGAGGACCCAUUCUCUAAAGGGAUUCUAUGAAUGUUUCUUUUGCUUGGAUAGGAUAUAUUGACAAUGAUAAAACAUGUGAUGGUAUUUUCAAUUUCUACCAUUUAGAUAAUUUUUAAGAAUUGAUAGAUUCUCUUAAUCUUAUUGAUGGACCAACUUAAGCUCUAUCAUUUGCUACAGUAGAUAAUCAUAUUGGAUUCUUCGGCAUGGGAAAGCACCCAAUUAGAUCAAACCCAUAUCAAGGUGCUUUCAUUCAAGAUGGAACUAAAUCAAAGAAUGAUUGGAUUAGAUUCAACACUGUUUAAGAACAACCUCGCUCAUAUGAUCCUCCUAAAGGAUAUGUUGUUACUGCAAACAAUAAAUUUGCAUCUGAUAAUACUUUAAAUAAUUUGUCUUUGUACGUAGCUUCUACAGCAAGAAGCAAAAGAAUAACAGAAAUAAUUGAAGAAUAUAUUAGAAACGGAACAAAAAUAUCUCCUGAGCAUGUGAUGAAUAUGUAGAGAGACGUCAAGGAUAGUUAUGCACAAAAAAUACACAGACAUUAUUUGAAUAUCUAUCAUAAAAAUAAGAGAGAUAUUCUCACUCCUGACUAAAUUUCUGAAUGCGAUAAAAUGAUGAAAUUACUGGAAAAAUGGGAUUUCUAUGCUGAAGAAAAAUCAGUUGGAGCUUCAGUUUACUACGCAAUCGACUAUUUUUUAAGUAAAAAAUUGCUACUUUCGUAUUCAGAAGAUAUCCUAGUUAGAUUAAAAGUUACAGUUCACUUCUUAUUUGAUCAUUUUAGAUUAAAUUAGAUUCAAAAUUGGUCUGAAGGAAAAAAUAUAGACGAAGAAUGGUGCAGAAAUGCUAACUCUACUCUGAAAGGAAAAGAUUGCAUCUAUAAUUUUGUUGUAUCUAUAAAUGAAGCCUAUCUUUUCUUGAAGGAAAAACUAGGAGAAAAUAUGAACAAAUGGUAUUAUGGUGAGAUUCACUAGCAUCAUUUUAUCCAUAUUCCCUUUUCGAAGACUCCUCUGAAAUCUCUUUUUGAAAGAUCAUAUCAAUCUAAAGGAUCAAAAUACACAGUUCAUGUUAGUGCUCUCGAUUUCUAAAAUGAUUCUUGGAAAGGUAUUUGGGGAGGUAAUUACAAGAUGAUUGCUUCUUUAGAUAAAAGCUAAGAUAGUUACUAUAUACUAGAUACUGGUGUUUCUGGUAAUCUUUUAUCGUCUCACUAUGACGAUCAAUAAUAAAUCUAUAAACAAGGCAAUUAUCUAAAGUAAAAUAGAAAUCCUAAGACAUAUUCUUCAUUUAAAAAGUUUAGUCUGAUCUCAUCUAAACUUACAAAAUAAAAAUCUUAAAAAGAUUUAUGA